AUAGCCAUUAUACCAAUUAUCCCACUCAAAAGAACAAAGAAAAAAAAAUCAAGAAUUAAUUAGGUCAUUAAAAGAGAUAAAAAGGUAAUAUCCGAGUACUGUUUUUGCAAUUUCUGGAAGAGAGAGAGAGAGAUGGAGAAUAAUGAUAUUUUGGAGGCGUUGGUGGAACCGGCGGCGAAGAAGCAUGAGGUUAGCGACGAGCUGGAGAAGAUAUUAUCGGACACAGAAUUGAGUUAUAUGGUUCGAAUCCGGCGAGCCUCUUGGAUUGAGCUCAAGCUUUUGAGUUACCUGGCGGCUCCGGCGGUGUUCGUUUACAUGAUCAAUAACUUUAUGUCUAUGUCCACUCGCAUCUUCUCCGGCCACCUCGGCAACCUUCAACUCGCCGCUGCCUCUCUCGGCAACAUUGGAGUUCAAACUUUUGCUUACGGUCUCAUGUUGGGACUGGGGAGUGCGGUGGAGACACUAUGCGGACAAGCAUACGGUGCAAGAAAAUUCGAAAUGUUAGGAAUUUACUUACAGAGAUCAACCAUCUUACUAACAAUGGUAGCUUUUCUCUUAACUCUUCUCUACAUUUUCUCAAAACCCAUCUUAUUAUUCUUAGGAGAAUCCCCAGAAAUAGCUUCCUCCGCCGCCAUUUUCGUGUACGGAUUAAUCCCUCAGAUCUUCGCCUACGCCAUCAACUUCCCAAUCCAAAAAUUCCUUCAAUCCCAAAGCGUAGUGCUGCCAAGUGCUUACAUUUCCGCCGCCACAUUGGUGGUUCAUUUGCUGCUGAGUUGGGUUGCGGCUUAUAAACUUGGGCUGGGCCUUUUCGGGGCCUCGGCGGUGCUCAGCCUGUCCUGGUGGAUCAUUGUGACGGCCCAAUUUGUUUACAUUCUGAAAAGUGGUAGGUUUAAGCAGACUUGGAGAGGGUUUAGUGGGCUGGCUUUUUCAGGGCUGCCGGAGUUUUUCAAGUUGUCGGCGGCGUCCGCUAUAAUGCUUUGUUUGGAAACUUGGUAUUUUCAGAUUUUGGUUUUGGUUGCUGGAUUGCUUGAAAAUCCUGAGUUGGCUCUCAAUUCUCUCUCCAUAUGUAUGACAAUUAAUGGAUUGGCAUUCAUGAUUUCUGUGGGCUUCAAUGCAGCUGCUAGUGUGAGAGUUGGAAAUGAACUAGGACAUGGGCAUCCAAAAUCGGCAGCAUUUUCAGUGGUGGUGAUCAUUGUAAUUUCCACCAUCAUUUCUUUACUCAUCGCCUCAAUAGUCCUUGCUCUGCGUAAUGUCAUUAGCCAUGUUUUCACCGAAGGCGCCACCGUCGCCGCUGCCGUUUCUGAUCUUUGCCCUUUUCUUGCUAUCACUCUCCUUCUCAAUGGAAUUCAACCUGUUUUAUCAGGUGUUGCCGUGGGAUGCGGAUGGCAAUCUUUUGUUGCGUGGGUGAAUGUGUGCUGCUAUUACAUGGUUGGAUUGCCUUUGGGAUUUCUACUAGGCUUCUACUUUAAACUUGGAGCCAAGGGCAUAUGGUUAGGGAUGCUUAGUGGCACAACAAUGCAAACAUGCAUUUUGUUGUGGGUGACAUUUCGUGCUGAUUGGAAUAAAGAGGUAGAAGAAGCAAUGAAAAGGUUAAAUAAAUGGAAUGACACAAGCAAGGCCGUGAAGAGGAUAAAAGUAGAAGAAUUAAAGUGAUAGCCUUAUGCAACCGCUUUGUGAUGAAUUCAAUAAGAAUGUGCAUCAUGUAUGUGAACUUUAUCAAGAUUUUUUUUUUCUGAGUUGAUGUAGGACAAAAUUUUAAUGUCCUAUGUAUUAUGUUUUAAUCACUUAAACAAUAUUGAAGUUGAAUAAAUUAAAUCUCAAUUGAAUUAGUA